CAGGCGUUUGGGAUUCUUCCUAAGACGUUUUUGUUGUUCCAAAUCACAAACCUCUGCUCAGCCGAAACUGCCCGACCGUAAAAAGUGCAUUUAACCAAACCCAAUAAGCGACCAAUUGACGAGAUCCCCUGAGACCAUGGCCAAGAUACGAUCGCUGGUGCCGGAGCUGGCCGAGGUGGCUCGGUCGCAGCUCUGCGAGGAUCCGUCCUCAAUGGUGGCGAAGAUCGAGGCCCUGAGGACCUGGAUUGUCGAACAGAACUACCUGGAGGCGCGGACCGACGAUCAGUUCUUGGUGGCCUUCCUGCGCUUCUGCCACUGGGACGUGGAGGAGGCCAAGAAGAGAGUACUCUUCUACUACACCUACAAAUCCAAGGAGAGAGAACUGCUCAAGAGUCGCCUGGUAGACGAUAAGCUGCUAGAACUGGCUCGUUCAGGAAUUUUCGCCACAUUGCCCAAACCUAUUGGCCCUGGUGGCCCCCGUAUCCACUACACACGAAUGGGCCACAUUGAACCUUCCAAGCACAGUGUCAGCGACAUUUUCCGCUUCCACGCUUUUCGCGCAGAGAUCGAGAUCAACACGGAUGACAACUGGAACGUAUCCGGCGUUGUGGAGAUCAUCGAUUUCACCAAGAUCCCCUACUCCCUGCUACUGCAGUUCGAUCCUGGUAUGUUCAAGCGGAUGAAUGCAUUCCUAGAGCAUGGUAUCCCAGCGAAUUUGGUGGCCACCCACAUUGUUAAUGCCUCCAGGGAGACGCAGUUUGUCCUGGGCCUGGUUCGGAAUGUCAUGAAGCAAAAGGAGCUGUUACACAUCCACUCUAACGUGGAGUCUCUGCAAAAGGCCAUUGGCAAGGAGUAUUUGCCCGUAGAGAUGGGCGGCGAGAAUGGCUCCUUGGCGGAUGCGAUGACGCGGUACGAGACACAGUUGACCAGCUUUUCCACGUACUUUAAGGAAGACGAGCGAUAUGGAGUGGAUGAGAAAUUGCGGGCGGCCAGUGAGAAUAAUCAGGAUAGGGCCGCUCCGUUAGCGGCCAGCGUUCCUAGCGACGGAACUUUCCGGAAGCUAAACUUCGAUUGAGGCAAUGAUCGGGCAGUUAGUUUUAUAUUCUGAUGCACAUCCUAUAAAUACGCCCUCUUAACACACAGCCCUAUAUAUACACACUGAAAUGUAUAGACACUACAGCGAUCUUUGGUCAUAGCAGAACCUGAUAUUUUAUAAAUGAAACCAUAAAGGAGGAACAUCGAAACUCAAAGCAAAUUGAACAAUAUUAUUGACAAGUGCACACUAAAACGAAAUAAGAAGCAAAUGGAUCGCCAUCAAAUGGCACAAAAACCUCA